CAAAAACGUCUCCGUUUUGACGUUACCAUUUGUUUGUUUUGACCUCGCAAUCAACGUACCUACUUCCUCUGCUCGACUAGUCUGAUAACAAACCACAAACUAACAGUAACGCUACCUUCUCCAAUAUCACACACACAUUGCUCCAAGCAAAGAACAAUGGACUCCACCGGCAGCGCUUUGUUGGCUUCAUCUACUUCUACUGAUGCAGAAAUGGGAAGUCGUGGAGUAGGUGGAUUACGGAAAAAUCCAACCCUAAUUUGUGCUCCGAUUAUGGCUGAUUCUGUUGAUAAGAUGUUGAUUAAUUUGGUUAAAGCUAAAGAGAAUGGUGCUGAUCUUGUUGAAAUUCGUUUAGAUAGUUUAAAAACCUUUAAUGCUUCCGAUGACAUUAAAACCCUUAUUACUCGCUCUCCUUUGCCCACUCUUUUCACUUACAGACCAAAAUGGGAGGGUGGUGAGUAUGAUGGUGAUGAAAAUGAAAGAUUGGAUGCACUUAGAUUAGCCAUGGAGUUGGGAGCUGAUUAUAUUGAUGUGGAACUUAAGGUUGCUCAUAAGUUCAACGACUCCAUCCGUGGAAACAAACCCGCAAAGUGCAAAGUUAUCGUUUCAUCCCACAACUAUCAUAAUACUCCAUCUGUUGAGGAUCUUGGUAACCUUGUGGCAGACAUACAAGCUGCUGGAGCUGAUAUAGUGAAGAUUGCAACAACUGCCUUGGAUAUUACUGAUGUGGCUCGCAUUUUCCAAAUUACUGUUCACUCUCAGGUUCCAAUAAUUGGAAUUGUUAUGGGUGAAAGGGGUCUGAUUUCACGGAUACUUUGUGCAAAAUUUGGUGGGUAUCUCACUUUUGGCACCCUUGAGUCAGGAAUAGUUUCUGCUCCUGGUCAACCGAUGAUCAAGGACCUGCUGGAUCUGUAUAAUUUCAGACAAAUUGGACCUGAUACUAAAGUAUAUGGUAUUAUUGGGAAGCCUGUUGGCCACAGCAAAUCACCUGUUUUAUACAAUGAAGCUUUCAAGUCAGUUGGAUUUAAUGGGGUGUAUGUCCAUUUGUUAGUGGAUGACAUUGCCAGCUUUCUCCAGACUUUCUCAUCCACAGAUUUUGCAGGAUUCAGUUGUACAAUUCCUCACAAGGAGGCUGCAGUGGACUGCUGUGAUGGGAUCGAUUCAGUUGCAAGAUCAAUAGGAGCUGUUAAUUGCAUUAUAAGAAGGCAAAGAGAUGGAAAGUUGUUUGGUUACAACACAGACUACGAUGGUGCUAUUACAGCUAUAGAGGAGGGACUACGAGUUUCACAAAAUAUUAGCGGUGCAGCUGAUUCACCUUUAGCUGGUAAGCUAUUCGUGGUAAUUGGUGCUGGUGGGGCAGGCAAGGCACUGGCUUAUGGAGCAAAACAAAAGGGAGCAAAGGUGGUGAUUGCCAAUCGCACUUAUGAACGAGCAAAAGGCCUUGCUGAUGCAGUUGGAGGAGUAGCCAUAGCUCUUGCUGAUUUGGGUAAUUUCCGUCCGGAGAGUGGCAUGGUUCUCGCAAACACAACUUCAAUUGGAAUGCAACCAAAAGUUGAAGAGACGCCUAUUCCUAAGCAUGCUUUGAGAAACUACUCCCUGGUCUUUGAUGCGGUUUACACCCCUAAAAUAACGAGACUCUUGAGAGAAGCAGAAGAAUCUGGAGCCGCAACAGUUUCGGGAUUGGAGAUGUUUAUUGGGCAGGCAUACGAACAGUUUGAGAACUUCACUGGCUUACCUGCUCCCAAGGAAUUGUUCCGGAAAAUUAUGUCGAAGCACUAAUUCGGGUUGAAUGGCUAAAACUAUCAUCUUUCUUUUUCUUUUCUUCUUUGAUUGUUAGUGUGUUACUAUAGUGUAACCUCAUUUUUUCAGUGAUGAUAAUAGAAUAUACUCUUCAGAGAUUUUGGGUGCUUACAGACACCAAAACUUGUUGCUCAAUGUAUAUAUUCUUUUACA